GACAACUGCAGCAUCUUCACAAUCUCAACUACGAACUUCAGGAGUACAACAGUCUCCUGCAGCAGUUGCAGUUGCAACAUCAACUACCAGCCAAAGUGGAGGUCUUCCGACAACCAUAACUCUUGCACCCCUUGCGUCAACCACUGGAGACAUCUUGAG